UAAAGAGUUCAACAGUUACACUAAUUAUAGAGUCACUAUAUUUUAGAGUUACUUCAAGAGGGUUUGUAAAAUAAUUUCAAAUUUUAUCAGGCAUACAUUAUUUUUUGUAAACUUGUUUGAUAAAUUUGUAGUUUGAUCCAUUAACUUCAAAAGUUAAUGCCUUUUUCACUUUCAUAAGGAUUCAGUUGUGGGUUUGAGACUAUGUAUGUCGGUUGAAAUUUUUGCUACUAUUUUGCUUUUCAAAAUAUAUGAUUCUUUGUAAAUCGAAGAUUAUUUCAUAUAGCGGUGGAAUGACUCUAUCCAGUGUUCUUAUUUUAUUGGUGAUAUCUAUUUUAUUAGUAGGUUCCGUUGACGCUGAAAAAAAGUAAAGAAUCAGGUGAGGAAAAACGGAGUCACACCACAGAUGAGAACGAAGUACCUCAAGAACGACGUUCCCACUAUACUGGAAAAUUGUGGGGAAAAAAGCUCAACAAUGGAGUUGAUGAAGCAAAUGAAAUUUUGAAGAGAACCAUGACCCGUAGACGGAACGACAAGAAGAGUAAAGGUCGCGAAACUGUUAAAAUCAGCAAACGUGGCCGAGUUUUAAAUAUUGGAUAUGACGAUCCCAACGAAAUAUAUGGAAAGCAUUCAAACGCAUUCUGCGUCGCAGUACUGGACGAGAAUAAAUUCACACGAUUCAGAAGAAUAAAACCAUUAAUUAAGGACGUUGAAGGAAAAGACUAUACCAAACAAUUUACACUGAAACAUUCCACGCUAUGGAGGUGCCUUGAUAGAAACACGGCUUACGGCUUCUUCAUACUGGAUCGUGUUUUCAGAGGAACAAUAGAACUGAAAAGAGUUCACGUUGCAAGGUCAACAAUCAAAGCUUGGCAUGCCCAAUUGAAUCCGAAAGAUGUUGACACCCACACAAAAUACACUGCCCAAUUCAACGAGAAACUAGUUUUGAGUGAGAAAAGAGAUCGAAUCAGAUACAUUGGAAAGAUAGAGCGUCACAGACCAAACUCAAGGAGAUGGGCAGUAGCAAAGCGGGAUCAUAGAAGCCAAAGUGGGAGUGAGACAGAUGAUGAAGAGGAAAAACCGCCCAAAAAAGGAAGAAAGAAGGUUGAUAGCGAUCAGGAGGAAGAAGAUGAUAGGGAGAAAGGAAGGAAGGAACCGGAUGGAAGAAGAAAAGGGAAAAAGCAGAGAAAGAGUGAUCACGAGGAGUCAGAGUCGGAGGAGGAGGAGGAAGAGGAGGAAGAGGAACAGCCGCCUAGAAGGAGAAGAAAUAAGAUAAAACACUGAGCGAAGACAUAGAAGGAGAUGAGGAAUGAUAAGAAGAGGAGAAGUCAAGGUGAAAGGAGAAACGUAGAAGAAAUAGUGAAUACUGAAUAAGUGAAGACAGGGAUAAGAGUACGAUAAGAUGGGGUAAAUAAU